CCUUGACAUUAAGUUCAGUUGAGUCUAAGCCGAAGAGCCGGCGUUGUCCGUAGACAUCUCCUGGGUCAUGUGGCCAGCAUGCCUGCAUGGAGCGCUGCUACCUUCUCGCCAGAGCGGUACCUAUUGAUCUACUCACAUUUACAUAUUUUCAAUCUGCUAAGUUGGCAGAAGAUGGGGCUAACAGCAGGAGCUCACCCAGUUCCUUUGUUGAGAACCACUGUUCUGGCCCUUCCAGUUUUUCUUGCUUUGCUAAUCCUUUGACUACUUACCUCAUUUGGUUGGCAUGAUAAUAUAAUUUAAUAUCUGGGAGACCUAAUUCUUCUUUUUGUGGUUUGUACAAUUUAGUUUUAUUUAUAUAUCCACAGAAUGCCACUCCCUCUCACUUUGGAGGAUUCAUAAGUCUUUUCAUCUUUUGAGGUUCCUUUUAUUUUCAGUUUAUGUCAUUCUUCUUUCGUUUUAUGUCUUUCCUUUAGAAAAAUUGUGUCACCUUUAGAUUUAAGAAUCUGAUUGGUAAUCAUUUUCUGUUUAUAGCAGGAGCCAAGGCCUCAGUAGUUGAGCGAUAUCACCUUCACCUAACCCGCCAUUUUGCUUGAAUUGUUGUAUUUAUCUGUUAGUCCCUGUAAAACACAGCACCAUAUUGUGCCACAUUGUCUCCCCCUAAUAAUAAUAAUAACAACAACAACUUUAUUUUUGUAUCCCACCAUCUCCCUGAAGGGACGGCGCCUCCUUCUCCUGGCUCAGGUGAGCGGCCGGGCGGCAAAUAGGAGGCUGGCGAGGAGGGAGCCGGGCACUUUUCCCUCAGCGCAUCUGCUGGUGGUGAAGCAUGAGGACCUCUUCGCCCUCCCUCAAGUGCGGCCUUGUAACUUCAGGGAGGCGCCCGCUUUCAUUCAAUGACAAGGACUGCAAAUGGUGACAGCUGCCCCUCAGCAACACCCACCUCCCUCCUUCCCUCCCUCACCCGAGUAUAAGCUAAGGGGGGCUUUUCAGCAUUAAAAACGUGCUGAAAAAGCCGGCUUAUACUUGAGUAUAUACGGAAUUUGUUUGUAGUUCUAUCGUUACCAUUAGAAACCUUCCUUCUACAUCUGUCUUAAACAUUUGAGGGUGCCAGAGUUUGGGGAGAUAGAAUACCAGGCCAUUUCUUUUGGAUGUUCCCUCUGAUGCCAGUUCUUCUCCCGGUCAUUUUUGUUUUCAGCCGUACAGAAUCAAAGGGUAACAUUUCAGGCCAUCUGGAGACCCCUUGAAGGUUUCUUCCAAAUGGCAUCCAGGGAAGACUUUUUCUCUCCAUGGUCUCCAGUUUUCUUAGGAUUUCCUUGAGCCUAGCUAGUUCUUCUUCUGUUGCUGAAAGUCUUCCCCUGGAUGGAGGAAAAAGAAGGAAAGGGGGAAGUGGGCAAAGGUGAAGGGAGUCGGCAGGAAGGAGGCUUUGUGGCUGGAGCGGUGCCUGUCUUUGCAUCUCAUCAUGGGCUCUACCGAGGGAAUGCAUGGAAUGGAUGGAACGUAGUUCAGUAUGGACUCAUUUUGUGAACAUCAACAAGAUGUUGAGAUGCUGAGGAAACAGAGUUGGGGGUCCCUUUGGCAGGGGAGAUAAUGACAGAAUCAAUAAAGAAAUCCUUGUUCCUUUGAGCAUUUAGCACAAUGCUGGCAAUUCACGGAAACCCAGGAUCCAGAAAAUGUUGCAAUCUUGAAUGUUGGGAGGAGUUCUGCCUGCCUGCCUGCCUUCUGUUCCUUUAACCACGUUUGGGUCUGACCCAGUGAAAUGGGUGUGGCCCUCCAAUACAGGCAAAGGGUUCAGUUCCUUCCUUCCGUGAUUCCUUCCUUCUCUUAUCCUCUCCUUCUGUGUUUCCUCCCUCCCUUCCAUCUUUCCUUUCUUCUAUCCCUUUUUGCUUUGUUUACCUUGAGCCAGAGGAAUGCGGCUUCAUGUCUAACCUUUUGCUUCUUCUUUAUUGACCAGGACGUGAGAGUUCUCUGGAGCCACCCCUGCCGUGAUGGGAAACGAACCAGCUUCUAGUUGAUAUUAAGGCAUUUGGAAACCAAAGUGCAGUAAGGAAACCAGUCCUCUAGGAAAAAGGAUUCCUCUCAAGGGGCUGAUCUUGCUGAAUUCCUACAUUCACUUUGGAUUAUAGAGUAGAACCAUAGAGUCGGAAGAGACUGUAUGAGGCACCCAGUCCAGGCCUCUGCCAUGCAGGAAAAGCGCAAAGUACACCUGACAGAUGAGCAUCUAGCCUCUGUUUAAAAGAUUCCAAAGGAGCUUUCACUACAUUUUGAGGCAGAGAGUUCCACCGCUGAACAGCUCUUACAGUCAGGAAGUUCUUCUUAAUGUUCAGAUGGAAUCUACUUUCCUGUAAUUUGAACCCAGUGCUGUGAGCAAUCAGAAAGGGAAAAACAAGAAUCAAGUGUUCUUAUUGGAAUUAAAUAUACAUAACACUGCUGACAUGGAGGAGAAAGCAUAUAAAUGUAUCGAAUGUGGAAAGAGCUUUAGUCAGCAUGGAAAGCUGAAGACACAUCAAAGGACUCACACUGGGGAGAAACCCUAUAACUGCCUGGAGUGUGGACAGAGCUUUACUCAGAAGGGAAACUUAAAUACACAUCAAAGGACUCACACUGGGGAGAAACCCUAUAACUGCCUGGAGUGUGGACAGAGCUUUGCUCGUAGUUCAGGACUACGUUCACAUCAAAGAACUCACACUGGGGAGAAACCCUAUAACUGCCUGGAGUGUGGACAAAGCUUCACUCAGAGUUCAGGUCUCCGUGUACAUCAAAGCACUCACACUGGGGAGAAACCCUAUAAGUGCCUGGAGUGUGGACAGAGCUUUACUCGGAAGGGAAACUUACUAACACAUCAAAGAACUCACACUGGGGAGAAACCCUAUAAGUGUCUUGAGUGUGGACAGAGCUUUGUUCAUAGUUCAAGUCUUCGUUCACAUCAAAUGACUCACACUGGGGAGAAACCCUAUAAGUGCCUGGAGUGUGGACAGAGCUUUGCUCGGAGUGGAGCUCUACGUUUGCAUCAAAGCACUCACACUGGGGAGAAACCCUAUAAGUGCCGGGAGUGUGGCCAGAGCUUCGCUCAUAGUUCAGACCUACGUUCACAUCAAAGGACUCAUGUGGUGUAUUGUAGAAAGAUUGAACUAAAAUACAGUGUUCCCUCGCCUAUCGCGAGGGUUAGGUUCCAGGACCACCCGCAAUAAGUGAAAAUCCGCACCAGUCUCUCAGUCUCUCUCCUCAGCCUCGGCCUCUCCAGCCUCUGCGCCGCCAUCUUCCUUCCGCCUUCCUUCCCGUCUCACAGAGAGAGAGAGAGAGGGAGAAGGCCAGGCCUCGGCCUCCUUCCCCAGGGCCGCCCCCUCCCCCUCCUAUUGGCUGAGCCCGUGACGCCCCGCCCAGCGGAGGCUCCCCAUUGACUGCAUGCCACCCCCAGCCUUGAUUGACGGGCGGCAAGGCGGGGCUUGUGCGGGCAGAGAGCGCCGUGAAGCCAAUUGGCAGGCAGGCCGGAGAGGCCGCGGAGGGGAGGGCGAGGCACUAGGCUCCUAUGGAUUUUAUUUAUUUAUUUACAGUAUUUAUAUUACUCCGUUCUUUUGAAGGGGCCCUAAGCCAGGAAAUAGUAAUCUUUUGCCUCGGUGGCUUUGCCUCUCCCUGUGAGCUGGUGCCUUUCUCCAGGAAGUUCCAAGGAGAGAAUAAAGCUCAGAGUAAACAAGUUAGGUCACUGGUAUCACUUGGGCCAAGUGGGUGUGGAAGGUGAGGAAGACCCUCAGGCAUUGGUCAAUUUUAGAUAAGCCAAGAUAUAUAUUCUUUGUUAACUGCGCACAUGUUGCGACGGCCAUUUGCAUGGUACGGACCCACUAAAGACCCACUAAAGGGGGUGCCUACGGCUGUUUGCCUUCUCAUCCUCUGUGAUAACAAUAAAAGGCUUGUUUUCUGGC